AGCGCACAACCAGAUUGCAACGCCCCGCACGGUUGCUUUCCACGGCUACGCCCCGCCACUUCCAGCCUUCAUAGCUACAGGAGAGACGACGUUAGCCACUGACUCAGUCCAGCGACACUGCUCCGACGUUGCACCACCGUGCAACCCACCGCUCAGCACUCGCCAGCAGCUCGGGUCCACUGUCUCCCACCCUCAGCCAUCACGUCAGCCCACUGCACGUCAGCCCACUGCAGAAUCGCGCAGUACCCCGCACAGCUUUACCACGAGCGGUCCACCUCGCCGCCGAUCACUACUUCAAACAGGCUAAACUCAUCUUCCCCCUGAUCAGAAGAAUACUCCCAGGAUGGCUGGAAAUGUCAAUUGGGGCACAGCAACUGUCAUUGGAGUGUUCGCAGGCAUGUUGUAUGGAGGUAGUAAGGAGGCAGCUGCUUCUGUUAGCAAGGAUGCGGAAGUAAUGUUGAAGCUAGGGAGCACGCCAGACAAGCGUGAGCAGCAUCGAUUAAUGAGAGAUGCAAUGGAGAAGAGGUUCAUUCGAGUCACUCGUGGCUCAAUAGUUGGCGGAGUGCGCCUUGGAAUGUUCACUGCUGCAUUCUGCAAUCUACAGAAUUUGCUUGCAGAGAAACGUGGCGUGCAUGACGUUUUCAAUGUUGUUGGAGCUGGUUCAGCCACUGCUGCGACAUUUGGUCUAAUCAUGCCAGGAUCACUCCUUUGGCGUGCAAGAAAUGUUGCGCUGGGUUCAGUUCUGGGAGCAGUGAUUUGUUUCCCUCUAGGUUGGCUCCAACUGAAGCUUAUAGAGAAAGCAAAUGAAGGUAAUAUGGCUGCUCAUCCUGAUUCAGUUCAAAGGGGAGGGGUCGGCGCAGCAAUAGAGAGGCUUGAAGAAAACUUGAGUAAAUAGAACAGCAAAAUUUGGAGGUGCCUAAGCACUCCAAUUUUUAAUGGGAGUUAAGAGGGAUUAAAAGAAAGACACGAGGGCUAGCCCCAAAAAUAGAUUUAAUGCUUUUGUUUUGUAACUAAUUCUCUUUUUCUGUUGUUCCCUUUUUGAUAGUGAGGACUGAGAAUAGGCUCUUAAAAGCUUGGUGACAUUAAAAAGUGUUUUUCUAAGGUUGAUCUUUGAGGUUAUUUAUGCC